AUGGAAUACCUUAAAUUGCCUGGAGAUUCUUGCUUCACUCCAGCUGAGGCGACAAAGCUCGCGGCUAGAAUCAAUGAUCUUUAUCAAGUGGAGGUAGAACUUACGGGUGUUUGGAUUCAUUAUACACAUUUGAGACACUCGGAUCCAGAAACUGAAGCCAAGAUUAAACAAUUACUUCCAGUCUCAGGAGUGGAUUUGGAGGCUAAGCUGGGAAGCAAGAUUUAUUACGUUACUCCAAGAAAUCUUUCUCCAUGGAGUUCCAAGGCUACAAAUAUCGCACAUGUCUGCGGUCUCGAAUCCCAAGUUCAAAGAAUUGAAAGAGGUCGGGCUAUUUUGAUAAAAUUCGCGGAACCAUCUGAGGCAGAGAGGGAGGAUUUACCAUUCAAAGAUAUCCUUUACGAUCGCAUGACCGAGAACAUCGGUGCCGAAGAACCAGAUGUGCACAAAAUCUUCGAAGAAGGAGAGCCAAUUCCCUUGGAAGUUGUUGAUCUUUGGGUAGAGGGUUCAACACCAAUCGAGGUUUUGAAAGCAUACAACGUAAAGCGUGGUCUCGCUCUAGAUACUCCAGAGAUGGAAUACCUUGUCGAAAAAUAUACCCAACAUGGCAGAUCACCUACCGAUGUCGAAUUGUUUAUGUUUGCGCAGGUCAACUCUGAGCAUUGUAGACAUAAGCAAUUCAAUGCGAACUGGACAAUCGAUGGCAGGGGUAUGGAUAUGAGUUUAUUUGGAAUGAUUCGAAACACCCACAAGAAAAAUCCAGAUUUCACCGUGUCAGCUUACAGCGACAAUGCUGCCGUUUUACAAGGAGAGAUGGCUAGUCAUUGGGCCCCCGAAUACUCUACUGGUAGUUGGAAACAGACUCCCGAGGUUGUGCACAUCCUAGCGAAGGUGGAGACUCAUAACCAUCCCACAGCAAUCUCACCUUUCCCAGGAGCAGCAACCGGUUCGGGUGGAGAAAUCAGAGAUGAAGGUGCCGUGGGUAGAGGAUCCAGCCCCAAAGCUGGUCUUUGCGGAUUCUGGGUUUCAGACCUUUUGAUUCCAGGACAUAAGCAACCAUGGGAAAUGGAUGUUGGCAAGCCAGCACAUUAUGCCAGCAGUUUGGACAUUAUGUUAGAAGCACCAAUUGGUAGUGCCAGGUUCAACAACGAGUUUGGUAGACCAUGUCUUGCUGGAACCUUCCGUACUCUCCUUACAGAUGCAGAUGCCUCAACGGACGAGUUCCGGGGAUACCAUAAGCCUAUCAUGAUCGCUGGUGGACUCGGUACUGUUAGACCAGAACAUGCUAUCAAGAAUGGUGAUGAUGUCAAACCAGAAGCUCAUGUAAUUGUUCUUGGUGGCCCAGCAAUGCUGAUUGGUCUUGGUGGAGGUGCAGCCUCAAGUAACACAUCUGCGGGAGAAAGCUCAGUUGAGCUUGACUUCGACAGUGUUCAACGAGGAAAUCCAGAAAUGGAAAGAAGAGCACAGAUGGUUAUUGAUCACUGCAGAGCCUUGAAGGAUGAGAAUCCUAUUGCGUUCAUCCAUGAUGUCGGAGCCGGUGGAUUAUCCAACGCUUUACCGGAGCUUGUUAAGGAUGCUGGAUAUGGUGGUAAAUUCGAGCUUAGAAAUGUCGAGAGUGCGGACGGCAGUAUGAGUCCUUUACAAAUCUGGUGCUGCGAAGCUCAAGAACGUUACGUCUUGAUUGUCAACAAGGAAGAUCUUGGUAGAUUUACCAGCAUUGCCAAACGUGAACGAUGUGGCUUCUCCAAUGUCGGAACCGUUGUUCCCAAGGAUCAAGAUGGAGUUGCCAAACUUGUGGUAACUGAUCGAGAUUCUACAGAGCACCCUACACCCAUCGAUCUCCCUAUGUCUACAUUGUUCCCCAAGGAUAGGAAAUUAGACAGAAUCGUGCAGUCCAGAAAGCCACAGCUUCUCCCAUUCAACGCAGAGAAAUCUCUGAAAGAAGCAUACCCCCAAAUUCCCGAUCAUGAUCUCUUGAGGAUGGCCAUCGAGCGCGUCUUCUCUCUUCCAUCUGUUGGCUCCAAAUCUUUCCUCAUUACUAUCGGUGAUCGUUCCGUUGGAGGUUUGACCGUUCGCGACCAAAUGGUCGGACCAUGGCAAACCCCUGUCGCAGACGUAGCUGUCACAGCUAGUGCUCUUAACAUUGGUGGCAAAUUGAAAACUGGUGAGGCUAUGGCCAUGGGUGAAAAGCCUACGUUAGCUUUGAUCUCGGGUGCAGCUUCGGCUAGAAUGGCUGUUGCCGAAAGUUUAAUGAACAUUGGUGCAGCACAUCUUCUCGGCAACUUGCCCCGUAUUCGUUUAUCUGCAAACUGGAUGGCCGCAGUAAAUCAACCUGGCGAAGGUGCAGCUUUGUAUGAGGCAGUUCAAGCAAUUGGAAUGGAUCUCUGCCCUAAGUUGGGAGUUAGCAUCCCUGUCGGCAAGGACUCUACAUCAAUGAAAGCCUCGUGGAAGGAUCAGAAGAGUGGAGAUUCCAAAACUGUCACAGCUCCUAUGACUGUGGUCAUUUCAGCCUUUGCACCAGUCGCCAAUGUCCGUAACACAUGGACACCCGCACUCAGAAGAUUUGAAGAUGUCGGAGAGACUACACUGGUGUACGUUGAUCUUGCUCAAGGUCACAAGGCUAUGGGUGGAUCGGCACUUGCGCAAUCUCUUGGUCAAGUUGGAGAUGAAGCACCAGAUGUCAGAGAUACUGAUCUCAUCAUUGACUACUUUGAUGCUUUACAACAAUUACACGAGUCAGGAGUUGUGUUAGCCUAUCACGAUAUUUCAGAUGGUGGUCUAUUGACUACCGUCGCCGAAAUGAUGUUUGCUGGACGAUGUGGCGCUGAGAUCAUGCUUGAUGGAGUAUCUAAGAGCGCAUCCCCAUCUCACGUCAUCGAAGCUUUGUUCAACGAAGAACUUGGUGCUGUUUUCCAAGUUCGAAAAUCGGACGAGGUUAACUUUAUGAGAUGUUUUGCUACUUGUGGUCCUCCACCAGGACUCGUCAGAAAGAUUGGACGAGUACCAGCUGCAUCGAAACAACAACUCGCCAUUCGCUACGGACAGAAACCAAUCUUACACAUGUCAAGAUCUGAACUUCAACAACAAUGGACCAAGACAUCUUACCAGAUGCAACGUCUCAGAGACAAUGUUGAUUGUGCUGACGUCGAAUUUGAGAAUAUUAAGGAUGAUCGCGAUCCUGGUCUCCACUAUACCCUUACCUACGAACCUAAGGAGAACAUUCUUCCAUUGACGGCAUCAAUCACAUCCACCUUCUCUAAGGCACCUCGCGUAGCCAUUCUCCGUGAACAAGGAGUUAACGGACAUGCCGAAAUGGCAUUUGCUUUCAAAGCCGCAGGAUUUGAUGCUAUUGAUGUACACAUGACUGACAUCAUUUCUGGACACUAUUCUCUCGCUAAUUUUGUUGGUAUUGCUGCCUGUGGUGGUUUCUCUUACGGUGAUGUCAUGGGUGCUGGUCGUGGAUGGGCAAAUUCCAUUCUUAUGCAUGAACAAAAAGCUCGACCAGAGUUUGAGAACUUCUUCAAACGCCCUGAUACAUUUGCAUUGGGUGUCUGUAAUGGUUGCCAAAUGCUUAGUCGCAUAUCUGAACUUAUUCCUGGCACUUCUCAUUGGCCUGUCUUCACCGAUAACCAAUCUCAACAAUUCGAAGGCAGAGUCAGCAUGGUAAAGAUCCAAGACAAUGCCAAGAAACCAUCUGUAUUCCUCCACGGUAUGAAUGGUAGUUCCUUGCCUAUCGUCGUUUCACACGGUGAAGGUCGAGCUUCGUUCAAAAAUGACACAGAUUUGGGAGCUUUGAACUCGGAUAAUCUCAUCCCAAUCAGAUACACAGAUAACUUUGACAAACCAACAAUGAGAUACCCAUACAAUCCAAACGGCAGUCCUGAGGGUAUUGCAGCAGUGAGAAGUUUGGAUGGAAGAGUUUUGGCUAUGAUGCCUCACCCGGAGAGAACUAUCAUGGCAGAUGUCGGUAGUUACAUACCAAAGGAGAGUGCAGAGGAGUGGGGAGAAUUCGGUCCUUGGGUUAGAAUGUUUAAGAGUGCUAGAAGAUGGGUCGGCUGA